UACAAGGUGGUCUGCACUGAUCUAAUCUGCCCUUAUUCUUUGUACUCAGAGCAACCUGUGUGGACAUUUGGAGACCUGAAGACCUGCUGCCAGACCACUGGGACACAGCUGAUCAUCUGUUCAUCUUCAUAUCUGCUGCUUGUUUUCAUAACUAAAGCAGAGGCUUUCUACAACAUCACAUCACUAUCCACACAUUGAACUUUCCAGUACAUCUAUAAUCUGUGUUCAUUACUAAUAUUUUGUUGUUGUCUUUUUGUCUUUUACAGAAAUUACAUCUGCCUGAAGUUUAGCCUUUUACAGAAUACCAAAGAAGCCUGAAGUAUAAAGAUCAAAAAUGGCUGAAAGAAAGCCACAUCAUCGCAACAUUAUCUACUGCCUGCGGUGCGAAAAAACACAGGACUGUAUAUCUGUUCAUUUAGCCAGAGUCUGCAUGAAGAACAACUCUAAAGCAGAGAUCUUAGCAGAAACCGAAAAGGCAAAAGAGUCGAUGAAAAAUUGGAUUAGACAAUCAAGAAACUGGGACUACCAUGAGAUAUGCAGUUUCAUUCCCAACAAAAGUAAACGGCUACUUUUUGUGGAGAAGCUGCUAAACAAAGGUUUCUUUAUAAGCAACCUGUCAAAUGCAGCUGACAUGGCAGAUGUGGCUGAAGGUACAGAAGUUGUUGUGGAGCAGCCAUCAGCUGUCGCUCCAGCAGCUGAGUCGCAUCCUCAGGCCAGUACCAGUGAGGAAGAAGCUGGUCCUGCUGAAGAAGAGCCCAGUACCAGUUCAAGACCCAAUGUGGCAAAUGCCUACUUCCUCAGGCCAAACAUCAGUSAGGAGUAAUAUGCUUAAAAUGGGACUUUAUGAAAAGUUCCCUCAAGAAUCGRCUCUCUUGGUGAAAUUCAAGCAUUAUCUGAAAAAUACUCUUGAUGUCCCAAACAACCAACAAGAGGUGGACAAUGUCUCCCGGAUGUUGAGAUACAUUCAACCGAGUGGAGAUGAAAUCAAUUUGGACUUUCUCUUGAAGUURCAGGAGACGAAUGACUUCAUAACGAGUCUUAAGAAUGCCAAAAUGGGUCCAUCUACCAUCUUGAAUUAUGUGAAAAACAUGAUUCGUUUUGUGCAGUUCCUUAAAACAUUUCUGUAUUUUGAAACCCAAGAGCAUACCCACACACUGAAAUGCCAAUCCUACAUUGACCUCCUAAAUAUCAUCAGGAAACCAUUGGCUAAGGAGAUCAGCAGGCUUGGAUGUAAAGUCAGGUAUGACCGCUUUGUUGAAGGCCAGCGGAGCAUAAGCAAUUGUCAGAAAGUGCUGACUGUGGGAAGAAAAGACACGCUUAAUGUGUUGAGCAAGUUAUUAAGCGACGACUURGUGUCAUCGGAACAAAAGACUUUGUACCGGUACUACUGCGAAGGCAUUCUGAUCCUAAACCAUUUCCAAAGACCAGGAGUGGUAAAAGGAUUCAGUGUUUCAGAGUGGCUGAAAAAAUAUGAAAAWGAUGGCAGAAUCUCCUUCGGUGUCAGRCAGCAUAAGACGGCAAACACCCAACUUGCAAAUUUUGGCCUGACCCAGGAGGAGUAUGCACUGUUUGAUGGAUACUACAGAUACAUUCGGCCAGAAUGGGUGAAAGAAUCUGGUGAAGAGAACGACAAAUUUUUCAUCAACAUUAAUGGUCGGCCUAUAAAAAGUGCCUCCAAUGACCUGAACCGUCUGCAGGACCACUACAAGGUGACAAAAGUGACCAGCCAGGAGGUCCGGAGAGUUUUUGAAACAAAAGUUGACCAGACCUGUACUGAGGAGCAAAAGAAGCAAAUAGCACAGUAUUUGGCUCAUUCAAAUGCGUUUGCAAAUGCC